AUGAGCGACCACUCAGAAGUUUCCAGUGCACGCAGGACGCAACAUCCCCUGGAAUGCGACGCAUCGCACGCUCUCAAUAAGGACCUUGUUUAUUGUUUGAACGCAAAGCUGGGAAAAAUAAUACUGAAGCUGAAAGGUUUUACGCUUGUGCUGUCUAUCGGUCACGCAAAGUAUGCCCAUACCGGGUAA